GUCAUUACUGACUCUGAGACAGUCCGCACAGGAAGCGACAUUCGGGGAGGCAGGAAGUCCCUCUUUUGCUAAACUUCUGAACAUAACUGUAAAUGUGCAGAAGCAAAUACUGUGCAUCUGUUAGGAUCACAUCGACGUAUAAAACACUUAACAGCUCCGGGAGACGAUGGACAAGCUUCGUCGAGUACUAAACGGCCGAGAAGAAAACGAAGAGUUGGGUCUUACGGCGCAGGUCCUCGAUGCCACCUCGCUCAGCUACAGCACCAGGGUGAAAUGGUUCGCCAUAUGCUUCGCCGGAGGCAUCUUGUGCUCACUACUUGGUUCAGCACUACUGUUCAUUCCCGGAAAGGGCAUCAAACUCUUCGCUGUCUUCUACACAUUGGGAAAUGUUGCAGCGCUUUCCAGCACCUGUUUCCUAAUGGGUCCUCUAAAGCAACUGAAGCGCAUGUUUGAGCCAACAAGACUUAUAGCGACCGUCGUUAUGUUGCUUUGUCUCAUUUUAACACUCUGUGCAGCGUUUUGGUGGGAAAAAAACAUACUGGCCUUCCUUUUUUGUAUUCUUCAGUUUCUGGCGUUGACAUGGUACAGCAUCUCUUACAUUCCUUUUGCCAGGGAUGCUGUGAUGAAAUGCUUCACAACCUGUCUGAGCUAGGAUUCAGGAGUCCACAAACUCAUGUGAAGACUGGUCCUAAUAUGCAACUGCCAGAACAGUAACUUUGUAAAAUAUUUUUUUUCUUUCAUUUUCCUUUUUUUACUUUAGCUCCUUACAUUAUACAUAAUGACAUCUUGCUUUCUGAAGGUCUACUAGAUUAUGCUGAAUGGUUUUAUACAUGAUAUAAGUGCCUUUUAUGUUUAAUAUAUUGAAAUAUAUAUUGAUACAUCAGAGUGCAAAAUAAUGCACCAAAUGCAAUUUUACAAAAUUGAUGAAUGAUGUAUUUAUGUGCUUAACAGUCUGGCAUGUUUCUUUUAAAUUACAUUUUGAUCAGCACAUGCACAAAUAUGAGCAAAAAUAAUUUCUUUCUCUGUCUUUAAUAUGAGCAGUUGAUCUGUAAAGCUGUUACAGACUAGUUUUUAAUAUAAUAUAAUUUCCCUUUGGCAUUUAAGACACUGCUUCAGUGAUUCUGCAUGGGCAUCUUUGAUGUCCUUGAGCUUAACAGUGUAAAAAAAAAAGCACCAUAUGUCUAGUCUGUGUGUAUGUGAGGGUACAUUAGCCCCCUCCCCCAAGCUGGCAAAUUACAUUAAAAUAGAGUAUUUUAAAAUUAGAUUUCCUGCCAGACGCAACAAUGACCCGGUUAAUUAUGCUUUCCUGAGCAAUGUGGUUUUGGUGUGACCUAAUAACCCAACAUAGCUUCCAACUGGAUCCCUGCAUUGCUUCAGCAUGAUGGCUUCUAGCCUUUGAGGAUGGAGUUGUCAUGACAACCUCUUCUAGGGGAUUCAUUACCUCAGUCCACCCCCAUCUGCGGUGCAGAUGUUCAUAUUAUGGUGAUGAGAAGGUGUGAAUAUGCGUUUGUCUUACACUGUUUGUGACUUUAAAGCUAUUAUAUUGCAGGAAGUCACAGUGCCCAGUUUCUUUCUUUGUACCAAUGUGCUUUGUAUUUUGCAAGCCCCCACAUGGAUUCAUUAGGCCCUUGCAAAGUAGGAUUAUGGACAAAGUAUCCCUUUUAGUACAACUUGUUCAAGUUACUUGUUAAAUAACAAGCAAAUCCCUCAGCACCAUACCCUCUUUAUGUAAUCUGCCGGAUCAAAUAAUGCUGUAGAAAUAAAGGACGCCUGUUGUUUUUUUGUGAUCAGUUUUCUUUUUGGAUUAAAAGUUUGAGAACGCAUCCUGACUUCAGCAAUCUGCCAGUGUCCCAACUGUUUCCUGCAGCAUUACGUUUGAUGCAGAAGUCAGUGGGAAGCGGGAUUACUCACGCACGCAAACAAAACACACACAAUGCCAGCCUCCAAAAAAUAAACACAUGGUUUUUCUGCUAAAAAUAAAUAUAAAUAAAAUGCAACUUUAACAGUGUUUUGGACAUCAAAUCUACACAAAAGUGUUAUUGCCAUAAAUUCUAGUUAAUGUUCAUAUAAUGUGUAGUUGUUGCUCAUUCCGGUUCAUAAAGUGUCAUUUAUUCACCAGUAUUGUAAAUGACUCCUGCAUUUAACGAGAGGUUUUCGCCAAUAUGCCCAGUUGCUUCAGUCCAAAAUGUCUUGCAAAUUGUAACGGAAAAAGCAGUUCUUAAUAAAGGAUGUGUACAUUCA